AGACAGGCGAGUGGGCGGGGCUUCGUGGAGUGUCUGCAGAAGUCACCUGAAAUUUUGUGGGAAGAGUGGGGUUUGAGAGUGUGGCACUGAUGAAGGGCCCAGGCGUGGCAGAGUUCCCCUGGGAACCCCUGUGGGGUCGGUGGACUAUAAAGGGAAUGUAACCUAGUGGAAAUACUGAUGCAGAAGGGACCUGGCUAGAAGAAAACUCCCCUGGGAGUCAAACUUUUUAUGAGGAGGAGAUGAGGUCCUCCACCUUUGUCUUGGUGCCUGUCUUCACCCAGCUGAACAACCUCCCAAGCUGCCGCCCCACUGCUGGUGCAGCCUCCAUUGCCCUCGGUGCCCUGCGCCUGCGCCGCAGCCAUGUCACUCCUGGCGACCCUGGGGCUGGAACUGGACAGGGCCCUGCUCCCAGCUAGCGGGCUGGGCUGGCUCGUAGACUAUGGGAAACUCCCCCUGGCCCCUGCCCCCCUGGGCCCCUAUGAGGUCCUUGGGGGAGCCCUGGAGGGCGGGCUUCCAGGGGGGGGAGAGCCCCUGGCAGGUGACGGCUUCUCUGAUUGGAUGACUGAGCGGGUUGACUUCACGGCCCUCCUCCCUCUGGAGGCCCCUCUGCCCCCAGGGACCCUCCCCCCACCCUCUCCAGCCCCCCCUGACCUGGAAGCCAUGGCGUCCCUGCUCAAGAAGGAGCUAGAACAGAUGGAAGACUUCUUCCUUGAUGCCCCACUCCUCCCACCACCCUCCCCGCCACCACCAGCACCCUCCCUGCCCCUGCCCUUGCCCCUGCCCACCUUUGACCUCCCUCAGCCCCCUACUCUGGAUACCCUGGACCUGCUGGCUGUCUACUGCCGCAGUGAUGCUGGUCCAGGAGAGGCAGGCUUGGCAACCCUGCCUGUCCCCCAGCAGCCGCCGCCUCCUCUGGCCCCUCUGCCUUCACCGUCCCGCCCAGCCCCCUACCCUAGUCCUGCCAGCACCCGAGGGGACCGCAAGCAGAAGAAGAGAGAUCAGAACAAGUCAGCAGCUCUCAGGUACCGCCAGAGGAAGCGGGCAGAGGGCGAGGCCCUGGAGGGCGAGUGCCAGGGGCUGGAGGCACGGAACCGGGAGCUCAGGGAGAGGGCCGAAUCAGUGGAGCGGGAGAUCCAGUACGUGAAGGACCUGCUAAUCGAGGUGUACAAGGCCCGAAGCCAGAGGACCCGCAGCACCUAGGGUGCAGGUCCAGGCUGGAGGAGGGAGAUCCAUUAUCCCUCUGCCUCCAGCUUUAUUCCAACCCUCCCUUUCACUCUCCUAUCCCAUCCAUGUGUGGAUCUCCCCACCUACCCCCAUUGUGGGUUAUUUGGCUUAGUCAGUUUCUGUACCCCUUCAGUGCAACUGAGGAACCAGGGCCCUCAGGGAAUUUGAGGAUCCAGCCUGAUCCCUGGUUUCUGGAGUCUAAAACAAGUGUGUUUUUCGCAGGUAGUCCUUAGUUGGGUGUGGGGGGUUGCCAGGCCUGGCAUGGAGGUAAGGCAGGAAGCCAGUCAGAGUAGCUGUGCUGCUGAGGACUUUAGUCAGGGAGGGGGGUUUUAAGACAGGGACAUGGAACACCAAUGAGAAGGCAGCCAAGGGGAGGGAGCCAAGUCCUCAGAGCAGGAGAUCCGCCGGCCAGGGGAGAGGAGGGUGGCUGUAGUGGGUAACUAGGGGUCAUUUUAGCUCUGGAGAGAAUCAGUGUUUUGUGAAGGUGUUGGGGAAGGGUUGCAUCUAGUGGGGCUGAUCAUCCAGGGGUUAUGGGCACAAAUAAAGUGCAGAAUUUCCUGUG